AUGGUCCUCGAAGCUGUGAUGGUCGUUGUCGACAACAGCGAAAGCAGUCGCAACGGCGAUUACCAGCCAACAAGGUUUGACGCCCAGGCUGAUGCCGUCAAUGUCAUUUUCCAAACUAUCACCAACGGCAACCCUGAGUCUUCGGUUGGCCUCAUGAGUAUGGGUGGCAAGGGCCCCGAGGUGCUGGUUACCCUUACGACAGAUCAGGGCAAGAUUCUUGACGGCCUGCACCGCACCAAGACCAAAAUCAAGGGCUCGUCACACUUGGCGACGGGCAUACAAGUCGCUGGCCUUGCUCUCAAACACCGUCAGAAUAAGUCCCAACGACAACGAAUAAUCGUCUUCGUCUGCUCGCCCAUCGAGGAGGAAGAGAAAAAACUUGUUCAACUGGCGAAAAAGAUGAAGAAGGGCAAUGUGUCGGUCGACUUUGUGCUAUUUGGCGACCUGGACGAUGACGAUACGCAGAAGAAGCUACAAGCAUUCAACGAAAGCGUCAAGGGUGGUGAGGGUUCUCAUCUUGUUGUUAUUCCGCCCAGCAGCAAGCUUCUCAGCGACCAGCUCAUUUCAAGCCCAAUCCUACUGGGCGACGCCGCGGGCGGCAGCGGCGGUGGCGGCAUGGAGAGCAGUGGCGGCAACUUUGGUGAGUUCGACUUCGACCCGGCCAUGGACCCAGAGCUUGCUCUUGCACUUCGUAUGAGUAUGGAGGAUGAGAAGGCUAGGCAGGAGAAGAAGGCACGCGAGGAGGCCGAGGCAGGGCAGAAGGGUUCACUCGAAGACAUCAAGGAGGAGGGCGAGAAUGCACCCCUCCUCAAGGAUGGAGGCGAAUCGAGCAAGAAGAACGACAAGAAAGACGACGACAGGAUGGACACCUCCUAG